UUGAUUUUCAAUUUUGGCAUUUCAGUUCUUGUUCUGAAAAAAUGCUGAGUUUGUAAAAAAAUUUUGGAGGCAAGAAGAUUAUUGAUACAUACUUACAGGAUAUAAAUUUUUUGCUAAAAUAUUAAAAUACUUGAUGCCUGAAAAUUUAAAAUUUUAAUUUUGUAAGCUGUAAAAUUUUAAAAUGGUGGACGCUGCAAGGCAAAUGUUGGAUGAAUUAAUGGGAAGGAAUCGCAACGCCGAUCCGACCGAUAAACCAAGGAAAAUUCAUUGGGACGAUCCUGAUUUCUGCCAAUAUUAUAUGGUAAAGUUUUGUCCUCAUGAUUUAUUUGUAAACACGCGAGCUGAUUUAGGUCCUUGUCCAAAAAUUCAUGACGAUGAGGCUAAAAAUUUAUUUCUCGAGGCAAAACGAGGAUCUCGUAAAAGACAAUUUGAAGAUGAUUUCAUACGUUUUUGCAAUAACAUGAUAAAUGAAGUUGACAGAAAAAUUCAAAAAGGAAGACAAAGACUUUUGCUAAUGAAUAAGGGGGAAGGUUCAAAUCCAACGAUAUAUGUGUCAAAAUAUCAAGAGCAAUUGAAUAACUUAAAUGCUAGAAUUAAGAAAUUACUAACAGAGGCUGAAGAAGCCGGUUUACGCGGAGAUGUUGAUCAGGCUCAAGGUCUGACAGCAUUAUGUGAACAACUGAAAGAAGAAAAGAAAGUGUUGUUAUCUCAACAUGAUAAUGGCUCUCCUUCAUCUGGACCUGAUGCUGCUGCAGUAAAAGCUGCGAUUCCAAAUUGGAUUCCCGACGCCAAUGGUACACAAGAGAAACAAAUGGAAGUGUGUGAAGUUUGUGGAGCUUUUUUAAUAGUUGGUGACGCCCAACAACGGAUAGAAGAUCAUUUAAUGGGUAAACAGCACUUGGGGUACUCAAAAGUUAGAGCUGCAGUGGAAGAAUUCCAUGAAAUGAGAAGAAAAGAAAGAGAAGAUGAUGAGAAAAAAAGAGAGGAAGAGCGCUCCAUACGUGCGGGAAGAAGCCACAGUCACAGAAGUGAUAAGGGUCGUGAUAGAUCUCGUGAGAGGAGGAGGCGAAGUCGGGACGAUGAGGUCGAACGUCAUGUAAAAGACGAUCGUAGGGAUCGUUAUCAUAGAAGAAGUCCCGACAAACCUAAGGCAGAACGACGUCGAAGUCCUGACAGGGAAAGAUCCAGACGUGACAGAACUUCUUGGAAAAAAUCUCGUUCUAGAAGCAGAAGUUCCGGUAGAAGAUAAAUUUCUUUCAUAUAUUUUUUACUUAAAAUUUUGGAAUUCAAUAGAGGUAUCCAAUAAAAAAAUAUAGUCUAAAAAAGAAUAAUAAAAGGUGAGUUUCAAAUUUUUCAUUUGUGUGAUUUAAUUGAAAAUAUUUUUCUUUAAAUACAACAUUAUAAUAAAUUAAAAAAAAACCUAAAGUAAAUAAUGGUCUGAGAUAUUAUUGAAUCACAUCCCAAAAAUUUCAUCGGGUUUUCACUUGGCUCCAUGAUAUUUACCAAGUACAUAUUUACGUGCUAUAAUAUAUGCAGAUUAUAAAGGUAUUCGAAUAUUUUUUUAAUUUUGAGUUUCAAUUCUCAGGUUAGUGAAAAAAAAAAUAACUAUUUUAUAAUAGAUACUAUGGAAUGUCAGUAUAAAUAAAUAUAUUUUGUAUGAACACACAUAUUUAUAAUGCUAUAUGGCACGGUUUUAAAUAACAUUAACAUGUACGUUUAAAUUUAUUUAAAUAAGUAUUUUAACUUGGGAAAAUAUUUUACAUCAUCAAUGGGGAGCAUUAUUUUUAAUGCAGUUUUCGUGUUAUGACUAAUUUCUUUUUUGUAACCUUUAUUAAAAUGUAUCGAAUAUAUAUUGAAUAUAAUUUAUAUAGCAUUUAAACUUUCAAAAUGAUUCUAAAACACUUUAUACGUUUUACUUAUAUUUGUUACUUCAUUAAUUUAAACGCUCUCAAAGUAUUUUAUACUGACAAAUUAAAUAAUCGGUAAAUUAAAUGCUUGACAAUUUUUUUAUAUACGUAUUUAUAUCUAUUAUAAAAUUGUUUAAUGCGUUGAUGCAAGUAAAAAUAAACAAUGGCAGAGCUUCAAAAGACAAAAAAUAAUUAAAGGUAUACCAAAACAAUAUUUUGUAGUUUUCUUUUAAUCAAAAAUUCAAUUCAUUUAAUUUCAAUAACAUAAGAUUUGAUUAUUGAGGAAAUUUGUUCAACUAAAACUCAAUAUCCGAUCGAAAAAAAACGUCAUACUUCAAAGAGGUACUUUUUUUUUUGUACAAAACUUAUAAAAACCAAACAAAUUAAUUUCAAUUUUUAUUUUGUAAAUUAUGGACUCAUAAAAUAGUUUAUUUUAAAAAAAAAACCCAAAAUACGAGUGAACCGUUCGAUUUAUUCGAUCAUUUUAAAAAAAAACACUACAAAUGCUAAUGAAAAAGCUACAAAAACUACAUCUAUAGAGGUAAUUGUAAUCCAAAAAAAAAAAAACAACAAACACAAAAAAAAAAAAAACAAAUUUUUCUAAAACAAUUUUAAUAGAAAUCGCUACGUCAAUGACCAAAAUUAGAUGUCCGGUUUUCCGGUCCGUUGCCUUUUAGGAAAUGAUUUUUUUAUUGGUUUUAUUUUGGAACUAUGUGAGA